AUGGCGGCCGACUCGGAUGUGCUGCACUUCCAGUUUGAGCAGCAAGGGGGCGCCAUGCUGCAGAAGAUGAACCUGCUGAGACAGCAGAACCUAUUUUGCGAUGUCUCCAUCUACAUCAACGACACUGAGUUCCAAGGGCACAAAGUCAUCUUCGCCGCUUGCUCCACGUUCAUGCGGGACCAGUUCCUGCUCACCCAGUCCAAGCAGGUGCGGAUCACCAUCUUGCAGAGUGCCGAGGUGGGCCGGAAGCUGCUCCUCUCCUGCUACACGGGGGCUCUGGAGGUGAAGAAGAAGGAGCUUCUCAAGUACCUAACGGCUGCAAGUUACCUGCAGAUGGUGCACAUUGUGGAAAAGUGCACGGAGGCACUGUCCAGGUACCUGGAGAUUGACGCGGCCGUGGAGGGCAGCCGGGCCAGCCCUGAGAAGUGCCACUCCUCCGAGACAGAACUGGGAUGCAGCGGUGGCUGCCCUGAAAAAGACUGUGAAAUCAUUGAGAUUUCUGAAGACAGCCCUGUGAAUUCAGAGGAGCAUAUAAAACCGGAAAAGGGGGACCUUCAGCAGAGCUUGCUAUCAGAAACAAAGAGCGUUAAAAGCCCUGAGAUAUCAACGGUCAAGAUAGGGUAUAAGGACAACAAAAUCUGCAUUAUCCGAAUGGAUUCCAUCAGCGCUCCUGAUGUGGAAGGUGAGCAGUUUCCACAGCCGUGCACCUCCUCCAAAUCAAACUUGUACUUCCCCGAGACUCAGCACUCUUUGAUCAAUUCAACGGUGGAGAGCAGGGUCACAGAAGUGCCCAGGGAUCAGUUCCAAGACUUUGGCGGGGAGAAUCCAGAAGGAGCCAACAGAACGGCCACAGGUGGGUUCCAGAGCCCAGGGGACUCUGCUUACUCGUGGCGGCACCAGUGCCCCAAGUGCCCCAGGGGAUUUCUCCACCUGGAGAACUACCUCCGCCACCUGAAGAUGCACAAGCUGUUCCUGUGCCUGCAGUGCGGGAAGACAUUCACGCAGAAGAAGAACCUGAACCGGCACAUCCGUGGACACAUGGGCAUCCGUCCCUUCCAGUGCAUGGUCUGCUUGAAGACGUUUACAGCCAAAAGCACCCUCCAGGACCACCUGAACAUCCACAGCGGGGACCGGCCCUACAAGUGCCACUGCUGUGACAUGGACUUCAAGCACAAGUCUGCCCUCAAGAAGCACCUGACGUCUGUACAUGGGAGGAGCAGCAUGGACAAAGCCACCUUUGACUCCAUUACGGAAGUCAGAAUAGACUACGACUAG